CUCCAUCCCGGACACGCAAAUUGGGCCACAGACUUCCCCAAAGACAAGGCUCUACAUCUCCAAUCAUGGCAAAAAAGAGAAAGGCUUCUCGCGCUGCCGAGUCCAGCGGGCCAAAAGAGCUGGACCCGGCAGACGCUCGCCUCAAGGUCAACUCAUACGAAGAUGUGGCCAACUCAGAAGACGAAUUCUUCAUGAACCGAGACACAAUCAUGCUCGAUGACGAGCCCAACAUGAAGCGCCGGAGAAGGGGCGAAGAAGAGAUUGAUUUCUCCGACGAAGAAGUAUUAGGCUACGAAGAAUCAGAUUCCGGCAGCAAGCCCCGGCCGAACAAAUCAAAACGAAAGGCCGCCGCAGGGUACGACGAUUCACAAGAUGAAGAAGACAAAGCCGAAGGAGAGGAAGGCGAGGAAGAGGGCUGGUGGGGUUCAUCCAAGAAGGAAUACUACAAUGCCGACAACAUCGAGACCGAAGCCGAUGCUCUGGAGGAAGAAACCGAGGCAAAGAGGCUGCAACAAAAGAAGCUGUCCAAGAUGGCGGAAGAAGACUUCAUCUUUGACGGAGACGAGUGGCUCGCAGCCGAGCAAGAAGAAGAAGAAAGCGCAGAAACCGUCACCGAAAUCCUCAAGGAGGUGGAGAUCACUGACGAUAUGGGCCCCGAGGAGCGGUUGAAGCUGCUGUCUGCUCGAUACCCCGAGUUUGACUACCUCGUCAAGGAUUUCCAAGAGUUGCAACCCCAGCUGGAGGUUCUCAGAACAGAUGCCAAGGCUUCGACCGGCAAGUCCCUGGCUGCCAUCAAAUACUGGGUGCUUGGCUGCUAUGUUGCCUCAUUGGCUAGUUACUUGGCUAUUCUGACAUCUCCAGCUCGCGACGCUGCCAAAUCGCAGAAAACAAUCGAUCCUGCAGAGCUCCGUGACCACGAUGUGAUGGAGACCCUGGUCCAAUGCCGCGAGGCCUGGGAGCGGGUCAAGGACAUGAGAUCACUCAGCGCAUCCGGCGAAGCAUCAUUGGCGCAAGACAUCGAUUCUAUCCCUGAGCUGGACGAACAUGAAUCACUCGUACAGACCAAGAAGAAGACAAAGAAGGCCAAGGAGAGCGCGGCUUCUGCGGCAAGCAAGGCCAAGAAGCUGGCAAAGGCCAAGGCAAUUGAGGAGACUGUUGCUGAUCUUUACGAUCUGCCCAUCAACACGAAAUCCAAGGCAAAGAGCAAAGAUAAGGCGCUGCAGGCUCAGGAUGACGACAGUUCAGACUUUGGUGAAGAAGAAACUUUGGACGCUCGUGCGGCUGCUGACAAGGCGGCGCGCAAGAAGAGCUUGAAGUUUUACACAUCUCAAAUUGUGCAAAAGGCCAAUCGUCGCGCCGGUGCUGGUCGUGACGCAGGUGGUGACAUGGAUAUCCCACACCGCGAGCGCCUUCGAGACCGUCAAGCUCGUCUCCUUGCUGAGGCCGAGAAGCGAGGAAAGCGGGAUUCUAAGCUGGGCGCGAACCUCGGCGAGGACAGCGACGAGGAAGACUCCAAGGCUGCCAAUGCAAUCCGUGAUGAUGAGGACGAGUACUACGACAUGGUGGCCCACGGUUCCAAGGCCAAGAAGGACGACAAGGCUGCCCGAUUUGCCGCUUAUGCCGCCGCAAGCAAGGCCGACAGGGUGGUAGAAACCGAGGAAAUUGGUGAGGACGGCAAGCGCAAGAUCACAUAUGCCAUCCAGAAGAACAAGGGCCUGGCGCCGAGAAGAAGCAAGGAUGUCCGAAACCCCAGAGUCAAGAGGAGAAAGCAGUUCGAGGCCAAGCAGAAGAAGCUGAAGAGCAUGAAGCCGGUGUGGCAAGGCGGCGAGCCCAAGGGAGGUUACCGGGGAGAAAUCAGCGGUGUCAAUGCCACCGUCAUCAAGAGUACGAAGCUGUAGAAUAUUUCUUGCGAUUAAUAUACACAUAUCAUUCAUUGUCCC